AUGGUGGACCGAUACUAUCUCAAAAGACGUCGAUGUGUAAAGGAAAUCGGCAGGGGUCAGUGUGGCACCGUCUACACUGAAGCUGCAAUCCACGAAGUGUUCAAGGUCAACAACCCGGGAAAAUUGGAUCAGCUGUGGAACGACUGCUGUAUGCACAAGCAAGUUGAAGAAGCUUUUCAGCAGACGACCUUCGAGCUUCGGGAAAAUAUCAACCUACCUCGUAUUUUAGCAUGGCAUACUCCAUCAAGUGGCUCAACAUUACCCGCCUGGCGCGAGACGUUCCCAGAGGCUGCUCAACCGGAGUACGGUCUCGUGUCAAGUCGCAUCGACCCAAUCCCUGACAAGAUGGUGUACACCCUUGUGGUCAGACUCGGUCUCUAUGACAAGAUCCCCGGUGGUUUGAGUAAUAUGAGGACCCAGUACUGUUUGCUCCGUCUGUAUCUGGGCCGCAGAGGCGAAAGACAUGCGACACGCUCCAUCUCCCUCCGGAACUUCGAUCUCCUGACCAUCGCCAAAGCCCUGGCACUACUGCACUGGCAGGCUAACGUGGACGGGAACGAUGUCGAAUUUGUCUUGGGAAGAACUCCUCGAUUCGCUAUGGCACCGACGGCUGCAGACUUGCGUGCGACGGACACAAAUAGUGCCGGGGUUCUGUUCGGACCUUCGCUCGGGCAAGAUGGUGUCGCCGUGUGGCUGCUCGAUUUUGAUCAGUGCCAGACAUUCCCUCACGAUGAGGCUGGAUUGCAACAAUUAGUGCGCAGUUUCUUCUUCAACGACCCAUACUAUCCGAGACCGCACGCAGAGGAUCCAAAAGACGUUGCGCUCUGGGAGACUCUCAAGAAUAGUUACCUUCAGACCAGUGCUGCUCUUACUCAGUGUCAAAUGCCCGAGCCGUUCAUCGAGGCAGUCGAGGUGGAGGGAGCCAAGCGCAAAGCAGGUGGAUCGAUAUUCCAGUGA